CGUUCGCAUUCGCAUACUAAAUUUAAUCUUUCGAAGUUUGCGUUCCUUCCAUAACAACACAAGUUCGCUGUUCCGAGACAUCUUUUACGUUCUUCAUUUCGUUGUGUUUGUUUUUUUCUACCACGACUUCUGGCCACAGUGGUUGUACCUCCACUACUUUCCUUUGAACCAUCAUGAGCCAACGCCAGUCUGACGAGACUCUAGCUUCAGUCAGCUCGAACACUAGUGGUGGCAGCUCUACCCAGGCUACCCAACUUUCAGCAUCACCAUCAGGCCAGCAACGGUCUAGCUCUCCUGCUUCCACAAGUUCAACAAACAAGAGGAGAGGCGACGACUACGUUUAUUUCGAGCGGAGCACUGAUAGCUUUUCAUCUGAUGCCGUAUCUCGUGCAACUGCUGCAAAGCUAAAGCUUGAAUCUUACUAUAAACUCGCUGUUGAUGCCGCGAUCGAACGCAAUGGGAGGCGCACAGAACUCGAGCACAGACUUAAUCAAGCCAUGAUACCUAAUGAGUCGAAAGAACGCGAAAUUCGCAAGUAUCGCAAGCUGGAGUCACAGCAUCUACGGUUGCGUCGGACAAAGAUUCGCCUUGCGGACUUUCGCACAAUAAAAGUUAUCGGGAAGGGCGCGUUUGGUGAGGUGAGACUGGUUCAGAAGGUAGAUACAGGGAAAGUCUAUGCUAUGAAGACUCUCCAAAAGGCCGAGAUGUUGAAGCGAGAUCAGCUUGCUCAUAUUCGCGCUGAGCGUGACUUGCUCGCUGAAUCGACAUCCCCCUGGGUUGUUCAGCUCUUUUAUUCCUUCCAGGAUCCACUAUACUUAUACCUCAUCAUGGAGUUUCUUCCUGGAGGCGACUUAAUGACCAUGCUCAUGAAAUACGAUGUUUUCUCAGAAGAUGUCACGCGGUUCUACAUGGCGGAGUGCAUUCUUGCUAUUGAGGCUGUUCACGACCUCGGCUAUAUUCAUCGGGACAUCAAACCCGAUAACAUUUUGAUAGACAAGAAUGGGCAUUUAAAGCUGUCCGAUUUUGGUCUCUCCACUGGUCUACACAAGACUACAGAUGGCGAUUUCUACAAACGUUUGAUAGAACAAGACAAACCAAAGGAUUCUGCGCGAAACAGCGUUCAAGUCAAUGCCAUCAACCUUACAAUGAGUCGCGAGCAAAUUGCUACUUGGAAGGCCAACCGACGAAAACUGGCUUACUCCACUGUCGGAACGCCGGAUUAUAUUGCGCCAGAGGUAUUCAUGCUGAAAGGCUAUGGCAAGGAAUGUGACUGGUGGUCGUUGGGUGCAAUCUUUUUUGAGUGUGUGGUUGGAUAUGCGCCAUUUUGCUCUGAAAACCCGAGCGAUACAUACAAGAAAAUCAUCGAAUGGCCGAAUUAUCUAUACUUCCCGGAGGAAGUCCACCUUAGCCAAGAAGCUGAGCAUCUGAUUCGCAGCAUGAUGACAUGGGCUAACGUCCGUCUGGGGGUCAAUGAAAUCAAGAAGCAUCCCUUCUUCUUUGGGGCCGACUGGGAUAAUCUACGUUAUAUUGCGCCGCCUUUCGUACCCGCGCUAUCGUCGAUUACAGAUACCACAUACUUCCCCACUGACGAGCUGGGCAACCUUCCUGAACAGCUUGAAGUUGUUGAACAAGUCGGAUCUGACAAGGAUCUUGCUUUCUUGGGAUUCACGUUCAAGCGCUUCACUGGCGGACAAGGUCCGUGAUACACGCGCCUGCUUGCUGCCUCUUUACAUCAUAUGACACACCUGUACCAUUGGAUCGUCUGCUCCCCCGCUCGCUCGCCCUGGAUCGAUACCCUUUUCGAUACCAUAGAAACACUGGGUUUGUGUAAUCUUGAAAGUUGGAUCCGUUUUGUUGCAGACAGCAUUUGUACAUCACUUGGCAAUCAACCCUCCGUCGUCGUAAUUCACUCGGUUAAGAACAUGAGAACAAUAAUGUUGAAUCUAUGCGGACCUCACUGCCUUCGGAC